CUUAACCUUCGCUUCUUUCCCAGUGGAGAGCGUAACUGCUACACGCUGCGGUCCCUAACACCGGGUGGCAAGUACCUUGUCAGGGCUGCAUUUGGCUAUGGUGACUAUGAUAAACUAAACAAAAAUCCUACCUUUGAUCUCUAUUUUGGGGUCAAUUACUGGACAACAGUGACCAUUGUCAGUUCCAGUACAGCAUAUGUGUUUGAGAUAAUUGCCGUGUGCCCUGCCGACUUCCUACAAAUUUGCUUGGUGAAUAAAGGAUCGGGAACUCCUUUCAUCUCAGGGCUUGACUUGAGGUCACUGACAUCAGAUCUUUAUCUGGAGGCCAAUGUGACACAGUCUCUGGUUUUGCUCAGCUUUUUCCGUGAUACAGUUGGUUUUGGGCCCAACCGCUAUCACUUUGGGACAAACUAUCAGCACAUUAGGUUCCCAGAUGACCCCUAUGACCGUAUGUGGCAGAGGUAUGAAAACGUAGACGGCUGGACAGACGUACCCAACAAAUCCAACGGGGAAAUAAAAAACUCCACAAACGACAACUAUGAUGCACCAUCUGCAGUGAUGCGUAGUGCAUCCAUUCCAGUGAAUGACUCAAGGAUGGACUUAUCGUGGAGUUCAGAUUCUUCCAUGAAUGUUGGUGUUGACCCCAAGUUCUUUCUUGUACUCUACUUUGCCGAGUUGGAAGCAGUCCAAGAGUUAAGGCAAUUUGAUGUCUCUGUGGAUAACAACCCAUUAGCUUCUGCAUUCAGCCCAAAAUUCUUGCUGCCUACUGUUCUCUCAGGGAUUGUGCAAGGCUCAAACGAGCAUAGCAUCUCCCUUGUGGCAACAUCAAACUCGGCGCUUCAGCCUUUGAUCAGCGCGAUGGAGAUAUACAUGCUGCGGCCAGUGAAUGAAUCUACCACUGACUCUUUAGAUGCCAACGCUAUGAUGACCAUCCAGGAGAAGUUCUCUGUGAAAAAAAAUUGGGUGGGUGAUCCAUGUGCCCCUAUAUCUUUUGCAUGGAAUGGCUUGAACUGUAGUUAUACUCCCAACAGUCCUAGAAUAACAGCCUUAAACAUGUCAUCCAGUGGAUUGGUUGGUGAAAUUGAUGCUUCUUUUGGUCAGCUAACACUGCUCCAACACUUGGAUCUAUCUCACAACAGUCUGUCUGGAUCAAUACCUGAUUUUCUUGGUCAAGUGCCAGCACUUAAAUCUCUGGACUUGUCGAGCAACAACCUCAGUGGAUCAAUUCCUUGGAGUCUGCUAGAAAAAACUCAGCGUGGGCUUUUGACAUUAAGGGUCGACGAUAACCCAGGUCUUUGUGGAAAUAAUACAUGCAAUCCGAUUCAGAAAAAGAGGAGGAACAAGACAAAACUACUUCAGAUUGUUAUUUCAGUAGUUGUUUCAGUAUCACUACUAGUUCUGGCUGUAUUUUUGCUUUUGCUUGAUUAUCUGGCUCAUUCAACUAAUACAUUCGAGAACCGGAGAUUCACUUACAAGGAACUUAAGCGCAUCACAAAUAACUUCAAUAGUGUAAUUGGAAGGGGCGGGUUUGGCCUUGUCUAUGUUGGUUGUUUGGAGAAUGGUGCUUUGGUUGCUGUGAAGAUGCGGUCAGAAACAUCUUCACAAGGGAAUACAGAGUUUUUGGCUGAGGCUCAGCACCUGGCCAGGGUUCAUCACAAGAACUUGGUCUUCUUGAUUGGAUAUUGCAAGGACAAGAAACAUUUAAGCCUUAUCUACGAGUACAUGGAUGAAGGAAACCUAGAGGACCGUCUCAGAGGUCAAGAACCCCUUAAUUGGCUGCAGCGCCUUAAAAUUGCAUUGGACUCUGCUCACGGACUGGAGUACCUGCACAAAUCUUGCAGCCCGCCAUUGAUCCACAGAGAUGUUAAGACCGGGAACAUCCUUCUUACCACAAAUCUCCAGGCCAAGUUAUCAGAUUUUGGGCUGACAAGGGCUUUCAGCAAUGAAAUGGUAACACACAUGACCACCCGACCUGCUGGUACCCUCGGAUACCUGGACCCGGAGUACUACGCCACCUCUCAUCUCAGCGAGAAGAGUGAUGUGUACAGCUUCGGCGUGGUCCUCCUGGUGCUCAUCACAGGCCAGCGAGCGAUCAUCACCAUCAGUGACACAGAGAGGAAUAAUAUCACUAUUUGGGCACGCCACGGGCUGUCUGAAGGUGACAUUGACAGCAUGAUCGACCCGAGGAUAAGAGGAGACUGCGACAUCAACUCCGUGUGGAAGGUAGCGGAUCUGGCACUCCAAUGCACUCAGCACACGGGGCGGGACCGGCCAACGAUGACGGAGGUCGCGGAGGGGAUCAGCGAGAGCUUGCAGCUAGAGACCUCGCCGCGAUCCAUGAGGUGCAGCUCGAGUGGGACAGGCGGUUCAGCACUCGCUGACGGCGAGCCUGUUGGUGCGCUUGAGACGGAACUGGUUGGAGAAACAUCAGCGCGUUGACAUUCCUGGAUUAGAUCCACUUUGGAUCAUUAGUUGAGUUGCGAUUUGCACUAUAUGGCUUUGGAGGUUUAAGCCAAUAUUGCUCAUAUAGGAAAACACUAGCGCAUGUGCCCGUGCGUUGCAAUGGGGAGGUAAUUUUUUUUGUAACAAACAACGAGAGAGAUAAUUGAUGUGUUCUCAAAAA